ACUCCUCUCACAUUCGACGUUCCGCCCCUGCGACCUCUCCAUGAGAAAAGGCAACUAGUUGCUUGUCGUUCGAGUAGCACCAGCACCAUUCAGCCACUACGUCGCCAACAGCGGGCCUGGCCCCAGCACGAGGAAGACAAGAUGCUGUCCAACCCGCUCCAUCGCUUCUCGCCGUAUCAUGGCAUGCAGUCCAGCACCCUUUUCUCCAACGCCCACCACGCACCAAACGACCACGGUGCCCAUGCGAACGGGCUCGAUCCCCUCGCGCCGAGCUCGCACUACGCGCUGCAACAGAUCCAGCAGCACGUUGGGGGAGUAAUACCCAGCCCGCACCUCGCGAGAGAAGGCCCUCAAGCGACGAAGCACCGCCAACACCCGUACGGCGGUGGCCCUACGACGCGGUCUUCUAGCACAUCCGGUCCCGUUCGCAGGAGAAUCAGCCGGGCAUGUGACCAGUGUAACCAGCUCCGCACAAAGUGCGAUGGGCAGCAUCCCUGCGCCCACUGCGUGGAAUUCGGUUUGGGUUGCGAGUACAUCCGCGAGAGGAAGAAAAGAGGCAAGGCGUCUCGGAAAGACCUCGCCGCGCAAGCUGCUGCACAAGCAGGGACGACAGACACAGGACAAGGCCCGAAAUCGCCCUCCGACGACAAUGGCCAGCCUUCAGAGCAAUCCGAGCCCAGCAGCGCCAAGGCUAGGCCAUCACUAGGCACGACGAUUUCGCAACACGGCCAAAUCGGCAAAGCCAUGGACGAGCUCAGCGAUGACGCAAUGCAGCCAAACCAAAGGACGGGCUCGCUAGAUAGCUUGGGGGAUAUGGUCAGUCACCAAGCCCACCUGGCAAUCCACCACGGAAUGGACAGAGAUCAUUUAGAAAGCCCGACGACUCUGGAUCUCAACGGCUACGGGGAUGUUCACGGCGGUUACGACAGGCAAGGCCUGGGAGCGCAUAUUAUGCCGGGCCCGGCCCACGCGGCCUACGGUCCGAAUCAAAGUGGCAUUUCAGCAUAUCCCGACAUACCAUAUCCCAUACAGACCCAGAGCCCAACGGCAUACACCAACGGCGCCCCGUUCCGGAUUGCGGCCAGCCCCAUCAGCGCAUACCCCCUUGGCGGCGAACCGACGUCUCCCGGAUGGAUGUCCAUGUCCUCCCCACCGUCGGCGCAAUACCAGUCUCACAUGCCUCCCAGCAGCUACGGCCACCCCGCUCAGCAACUACGAUAUCCGGUCCUACACCCCUUACUCCCCCAUAUCGGAAACCUCAUCCCCGUGACUCUGGCCUGCGACCUGAUUGACCUCUACUUCGCGUCCUCGUCAUCGGCGCAGAUGCACCCAAUGUCGCCCUACGUCCUAGGCUUCGUCUUCCGCAAGAGGUCCUUUCUCCAUCCCAGCAAACCGAGACGCUGCCAGCCCGCGCUGCUGGCCAGCAUUCUCUGGGUGGCAGCCCAGACCAGCGACGCACCCUUCCUGACCAGCGUACCCUCAGCGAGGGGGAAGAUUUGCCAGAGGCUGCUAGAGCUGACUGUCAGCCUGCUCAAGCCGCUCAUUCACACGCCGUCCGGCGACACCUCACCGGUGACCAGCCCCGACAUUGACGGCGUGGCGCUCGGUGGGCUGGGCGUCGCGCUUCCCGGAUCCAUCAGCAUGGACGCGCUGACGGGCGAGUCAGGGCCGUUCGGGGCCGCAGGCAGCCUGGACGACGUCAUCACCUACAUCCAUCUCGCGACAGUGGUCUCCGCGAGCGAGUAUAAGGGCGCGAGUCUGCGCUGGUGGAACGCGGCCUGGUCUUUGGCCAGAGAGCUGAAGCUCGGCCGCGAGCUGCCGCCGACCCCUCUCUCCAUGAGCCACAGCAACGGCCACGACGGUGAUGGUCGCGGCGGCGGCGACGGCGACGCUGAUGGCGAGUUGGCAGGUAAUGGACACCCAGGCGUCAUCACGGAAGAAGAGCGCGAGGAGCGCCGAAGGAUAUGGUGGCUAACGUACAUCGUCGACCGCCAUCUGGCACUGUGCUACAACCGACCCCUAUUCCUGCUCGACCUCGAAUGCGCGGGUCUUUUGCAACCAAUGGACGACACGGCGUGGCAGAACGGCGACUUCCGUCCCGCGCACGUCACGACCGAUCCGAGCCUCGGAGGAGGAGACAUCUCGAACACCGGCGGCGGUAUAUCGAGCGGCCGCGUGCGCGGUCCGCACUUUGAGUGUACGGGACACAGCAUCUUCGGCUACUUCCUACCCUUGAUGACGAUCCUGGGCGAAAUCGUGGAUCUGCACCACGCGCGAAACCACCCACGGUUCGGGGUGGGAUUCCGUUCGGCGCGCGAGUGGGACGACCAGGCCAGCGAGAUCACGCGCCACCUCGAGGCGUACGAGAAGAGCCUCGGGCGGUUCGAGCAGCUCCACCUCACGCGGGUCAACAACAACAACAUCAACCUCGACGACAACGGCGACGUGAUGGUCAACCCGGACAAUAGCAACAGCGGCGUAGACCACGGCGGGCCGAUCGUCGACAUUGGCACACCGUCCGUCCACUCGGUCCACACCACCGCCUCCUCAUCGCUGAACCGGAUGACGGAGAGCGACAUCCAGACCAAGAUCGUCAUGGCGUACGGCACGCACGUGAUGCACGUGCUGCACAUCUUGCUGGCGGGCAAAUGGGACCCUAUCAACCUCAUCGACGACAACGACUUGUGGAUCUCGUCGCAAGGGUUCAUCACUGCGACGGGCCACGCCGUUUCGGCAGCCGAGGCCAUUAGCCACAUUCUCGAGUUCGACCCCGGGUUGGAGUUUAUGCCCUUCUUUUUUGGGAUUUACCUUCUCCAGGGGUCGUUUCUGCUGCUCCUCAUUGCGGAUAAGUUGCAGCUCGAAGCGUCGCCCAGUGUUGUCAAGGCGUGUGAGACGAUUGUGCGUGCGCACGAGGCCUGCGUUGUGACGCUGAACACGGAGUACCAGCGCAACUUUAGCAAGGUUAUGCGAAGUGCUCUGGCGCAGGUCAGGGGUCGGGUGCCGGAGGAUCUCCAUGAGCAGCAUCAGCGUCGACGGGAGCUGCUUGCCUUGUACCGAUGGACUGGCGAUGGUACGGGACUUGCGCUUUGA